CCGGGACAACACUUUCAAAUGUCAGAAGCAGAGAAAUGAAUAGAGCGGUUGUCGUGUCCUUGCGGUAGAAAAGCGAAAUGAAAGUGAAAUAGCUAACUAACCAGCUAAUAAGGUAGCCAGAGAUUGAACCGUUUGUAGCCACUACUAGUUGACAUUUCAUUAAUUUGAUAUCGCAGCCAGACGUUUCUGAAAAUACCUCGUUAGCAUUAGCUAGCUAGCUAACUGGACGUGUUAUGUUUGCUUGCCAGCUAUCUAACGUUACUGUUACCUUUGACAUUUUGUUAUUAAACUCAGUCGAUAGAUCUAAAAAAUAACUAGGUAUAAUACUUUUCCACAACCAUGGAAUAUAUGACACCCCUCCAGAAGAAGAGACGCCACCAAGGGGACCUUCAAAACUGGAAAGAUUGCCAAGCGAAACGACUGUGCAACGGGGUGGGAGUCUACAUCCAGGUUGAACAUGGCGCGAUAGUGACUGACAGUGGCAUGGAUGCCAGUAUGCAACAGCAGAGUGUCCCAAACAGCAUCAACCACCCAGCUUCUAACAUGGUCUAUGCAGUCCAAGGCAGCCAGUGCUGUAAUCGCUGCCUGGCAGGGGAGCCUGGGCACAUUAACCACAUCAUGGGGUAUUGAUCGGUCAUCGCCAUGAUCAGAGAUCAUUUGAAGAACUUGAAGGAUCCUUGAGGAUGAAGCGAAUGAUUGAUUGAUCAAGCCAUGGCGUGUGUGUGGCUGUGAACGUUCGUUGGAAAGGAGCCUUGACUUUUCUUGCUUUUUACCACUAGUACUGUAUUGCUUCACAGAUAUAGCCUCACAUGGUUACACUACCUAACACUGGUAUGGGAAAAGGGCUGUUCACCAAACAGUAGACAUGAUCAUUUCAUUACCAUCUUAAUAACAUUCUGUUUUGAAUGGAAAGACAACUACUACAGUGUAGUCUACAUACAACGAUAAGGAAUGAGCCAUCAAGCCACAAUUUAAUACUGCAACUUUACAAUGUAACGAGGAUACUCAUUUUAAAGUCAAUGGCUGCGUUAGACAAAUAACUGUUAUUGUCCCAGUAUCAAAACGGCUUCUAAAGCUGCCAGAAAAUAUAGAAUGUAAAUAAUCAUGAUAUUGUUAAGUAAAUCAAUGUUUUGAAGCGAUAUCAUUGUAAACCUUUUGGAAAUGGAUAAUCAUGUCUGCAAAUAUAUUUUUGUUAAAUAUUUUAUAUAUUUUUGUAAAAUGUAAUUGGCUGAAAUAUAAAAUAAGAACUUUCUAACAAUAUUUCUGAUAAUCAUUUAAUUUUGGCUAGUGUCCUGAAUUUAGUGUUAAUCUCAUGAACCGUUCCAGCCACUAUAUUGUUUUCAAUAGUUUGAUCGGCACUUGAAAUGUAGUGCUGUUUGACAAUGCUGUGUCUAUUUCCCACUAGAUUUGGUUUUGUGUUAUCUUACAAUGAUUUGAAGCCAGUUUCCUCCUUGCUAAGCAAUAAUUUUUAUGGAAGGAAUAGACAAUAGUUGAUGCUGUUAGAUUUAGGUUAUGACUCAAUGAAAUAGUUUAUUUUUAGUACGAGGAAAAACUACUUUCAAUAAAGUAUGGUUUGAUUAAACAUG